AAGUAAGCCAUAUAUACAUACAUAAAAUAAGCAAAAGCUUGAAUCAAUAAUCAAUGGGGUAUUUGAUGUUGUUGGUUCUUAGAGUGGUGUUGUGUGUUCAUAUGUUUAUGAUGUUCCAUUUUGCAUGUUUGUCUUCCCAUCUAUGCCAUUCUCAAGACAGCUCUGCCUUGCUUCACUUUAAGACCCAAUUCAUUUUUAACACUUCCUUUUUUGAAUAUUCUUAUGCGUAUGAAUAUGAGCAUGACUGCCCUCAUGUUUAUCCAAAGAUGAAUACGUGGGAGAAUGGGACAGAUUGCUGCUCAUGGAUGGGUGUCACGUGCCACUCUGUGUCUGGCCACGUGAUUGGCCUUGAUCUCAGUUGUGGUGCACUUGCAGGUAAUAUGAAUCCCAAUAGCACUCUUUUUCAUCUUACUCAUCUCCAAACACUCAACCUUGCUUUCAAUUCUUUCCAUUUUUCUCCAUUGUCAUCUCAGUUUAGUAAGCUUGUGAGUCUCACACACUUGAAUUUAUCUAAUUGUCAAUUCAUAGGUGAAAUUCCUUCCCAAAUCUCACACCUUUCCAAAUUACAAUCACUUGAUCUCUCUUCGAAUUAUAAUUUGAUGUGGAAAGAAACUACUUGGAAAAGAAUGUUGCAAAACGCAACAGCUUUACGUGAGAUUGUAUUGGAUUAUACAGACAUGUCUUCCACUAGCUUAACACCAAACCCUUUGUCCAAUUGGUCUUUCCCUUUCUCUUUGGUUACUCUUAGUCUUAUUGAUACUGAAAUAAGGGGAUACUUGACUAGUCACAUUCUAUGUUUACCCAAUCUUUAUGAGCUCCAGCUAUACGAAAAUGAAAACAUUCAAGUCCAUGUUCCAAAGUUGAAUUGCAGUACUUCUCUUAGUAUUUUGGAUCUUUCAUCGUGUCAAUUCUCAGGAUCACAAAUCCCUUAUUCCUUUUCUAACCUCACACAGCUAACUUCUUUGUACUUGUCUGAAAAUGGAUUCAGUGGUUCAAUCCCAUCAUUGCUCUCAAACCUUCCGCAUCUCACUCACUUGGACCUUUCAGAGAAUGCAUUCACUGGUUCGUUCCCAUCAUUUCUUUCAAACCUUCAUCAUCUUGUUUACUUGGAUCUUUCAGGGAAUAAGCUUAGUGGUCAAAUUCCAAAUGUGUUUGAUAGGCUAACCAACUUGCAAACUCUCUCUCUUCUUCAUAAUAAUUUCCAAGGAAAGUUGCCAUCCUCAUUAUUUGCCUUAACUCAACUCUCUUCCUUGGAUUGUUCUAAUAAUGAAAUUGAGGGACCACUACCUGACAAAGUAGCCUUUUUAAAUCUCACUCAAUUACUCUUAAAAGACAACUUAUUAAAUGGGACAAUUCCUCAGUGGGCCUUAUCCCUCAAGUCUUUGAGAUACUUAGAUCUAUCAUAUAACAGAUUCAGAGGGCACAUAAGUGAAAUCACAUCUUAUUCCUUGAAGUUUUUAGACUUGUGCAACAAUGAGCUCCAAGGAAACUUUCCAGAAUCCAUUUUCCAUCUUGUCAACCUUACUCAUUUGUGCUUGUCUUCAGACAACUGGAGCGGUAUUGUCCACUUCUCAAUCUUUUCUAAGCUUCAAAACUUGGAGUAUCUUUUCCUUUCAGGUUGUAGCUCAUUAUGGCUAAAAUCUGAAACAAGUGUUAAUCACACUUUCUCCAAUUUGUACGCACUGCAGUUGGUUUCUAGCAACAUUACUGGUUGGUUGGAAUUCUCAGGAAACUUUCCAAAGUUAGAUUCUCUUGAAUUGUACAACAAUAGUCUUCAGGGAAAAGUGCCAGAAUGGAUACAUGAUAUCAACUUGUCCCACAACAAAUUCACAGGAACAUUUCCACAGUGCCUUGCCAAUAUCUCAUCCCUUCGGGAUUUGGAUCUACAAAUGAACAAACUUCAUGGGACUUUGCCGGAUUUUACCUUUCAGUAUCUUACUGCACUAAAUCUCAAUGGCAACCAGUUCGAAGGUCUAUUACCGAAAUCAUUGUCCAAAUGCUCAAGUCUUGUGGAUUUGAAUCUCGGUAAUAAUCAAUUUGUGGACACAUUUCCCAAUUCGCUUCACAAUUUAUCAAAUUUGGAAAUACUGGACUUACGAGGCAAUAAGUUGUACGGUCAGAUUGCAAAUUUGAAAUCUGAAAACAUAUUUCCAAGUUUGAUGAUUUAUGACAUAUCAUGCAAUAACUUUAGCGGCUCAUUACCAAAAGCAUACAUACAAAAUUUUCGAGCCAUGAAGAUUGUUCAUGAUGAUGUGCGAAGCCAUAUGUCUUAUAUUCAAACACAUUGGUCUAUUAGUGGCGGCACAACAGAAGAAUAUGACAAUUCUAUGAUUGCAACAAUUAAAAGUGUCAGUCUUACUUUUACGAAAAUUCCAAAUGCCUUUGCAAUUAUCGAUUUGUCAGAAAACAAAUUUGAAGGAGAGAUUCCAGAUGAUUUUGGAGAACUUGGGGCCCUCAUAGGACUCAACCUUUCACAUAACAGUCUCAUUGGUCCUAUUCCCGGCUCUUUGGGAAAUUUGACAAAACUGGAAUCAUUGGAUCUCUCUUCAAAUAUGCUUACUGGGGAUAUUCCUACUGAAUUGGUAAAUCUGAACUUUCUUGAAGUCUUGAAUCUUUCCCAAAACAAGUUGGUGGGACCAAUACCCAAAGGAAAACAGUUUGAUACAUUUUCAAAUGAUUCCUAUGAGGAAAACAUGGGGCUUUGUGGAUUGCCAUUGUCAAUUCAAUGCAACAACAAUGUCCCUUUGCCACAAUAUCCAUCUUCUGAGGCUGAAGACAAAUUUGGAUUUGGUUGGAAACCAGUGGCAAUAGGAUAUGCAUGUGGAAUGGUGCUUGGAAUAGGAUUGGGAUAUUGUGUUUUCUCAAUUGGAAAGCCUGAAUGGCUAGUGGUCCUCUUUGGAGGUAAAAGGACUAAAAGGAGGAGCCGUGGAAACCGCCGGCGUGCAAGAACAACUCUGUUUCAGCUUUUUGUUGUAAUGUAAAUGUGUAAUAAGUUUAUGUCUUCUGCUGUUGUCUUUUUUUUUGAUGUUUUAUUUGAUUUGGUGUCGUACUUUUCGUUUACUUUAUGGAUGUCUACAAAUCUUAACAGUAUUUAAAGUAAGUACUUGUUAUAUAGUUGUAAGAUAUGUUGCAAGUGAAUUCUGUUUUCAAAGCCUA